CACAAUCGUUUAGGCAGAUCAGAAAUAAAUUUGGUCACUCAUUGGAAACAAUUAGCCGCAAGUAUAGUGAUGUCCUUAAUGCACUUUAUAAGAUGUCAUCUGACACAAUCAAGCCAAAAGACCCAAAUUUUGUGGAGAUUCAUCAACGUUUGCGAGAGGCGAGGUUUUGGCCACACUUCAAGGAUUGCAUUGGCGCAAUAGAUGGUAGUCACUUCCCAGCGGCAGUGCCGGCUUCGGAACAAGCGAAAUAUAUUGGCCGACACGGUUACACGUCGCAGAAUGUAAUGGCGGUAUGUGACUUCGAUAUGAGGUUCACAUUUGUGGUGACAGGAUGGCCAGGUUCCGUACAUGACACAAGAGUACUACAUGAUACUUUAAUUACUUAUGCGGACAGGUUCCCCCAUCCACCGGAAGGUAAAUACUAUCUUGUCGAUUCGGGUUAUCCAAAUAGAAAGGGGUACCUUGCACCUUAUAAGGGUCAGAAGUACCACGUUACGGAAUGGCAAAAUGCGAGGCAACCUAUUGGGAGUAAAGAAGUUUUCAACUAUGCGCACUCAUCGCUGCGAAAUGUUAUUGAGCGAUCAUUUGGGGUGCUAAAAAUGAAGUGGAGAAUUCUAUUAAGUCUCCCUUCAUUUUCGCUUGAGAAACAAUCGAAGAUAAUUAUUGCAUGUAUGACACUGCAUAACUUCAUUAGAGAUAGUGCUCUACACGAUAGAGAUUUUGAUGACGUAGGACCUAAUAGCCUAAGUCAUGUUCUACCUGCAGGUGAGAGUAGUACUAGCACAUCUGAUGAGUUAGACAUGAGUGAUUUUCGAGAUGCAAUUGCAAAUGCAUUAGUGUCGUAGUUAACUUAGUGCAGUUGUAACGGUACUUAUGAUGUAAUCAACU